CUCCCGAGCCGACCGUUGUACGAUCAUUCACUUCAGCAUUCGCAUCCUUGAUACCGUUCACGACUUUACAAGUUGACAACUAAACAUUUAUGGCAAUGCUUUCUGCCAAUCUGGAAAAGCCAAUAGGAACAAAAAAGGAAGAGCUUGACCAGUUCAUAUCAGCACCACCUCUUGACGAACAGGCAGUCGAACAAUCUACUGAGGACAUCUCCAACACUUUGCGCUGUGCGGAACAUAUGUCGUCUCACACCUACAAAACCCCUCGCCAACCCGGGCGCAAAGCAUUUACAAACAUCCCAAGCCCUUCACUCGGGAACGGUCACAUAACUGUGGAUGAACAUCCAAGCGAUAGAAGACUGGGCAUCCCGUUGACUUAUCCAGUUGAGGGCAUACCGCACAUCAAACUAUUGGUUUCAAUCCUAGGCUUAUCUACUGUCAAGGCAGAUCACCAAGUAUCAAAGAAGGAUCAAAGCAAGCUACAUCCAACAUGGGUCAGCAAGCCAAGAAGAGGAAGCACCAGGAAGUCUCAGUUGAAAACGGGAGUUAUGAUCCGUAUGACACAGGCGAAAAUACCUCCUCGAGGUUUUCAGAUUGGCUCGAACUCUUUUCAAUCUGUCGAACUCGUGUCGGUCGAAAAAGAUUCAAGCCCUAUAUUUCAUGGCACAAGGAAGAGGAAGAGAGAAGGACGCGACUUUCUUCGACCUGCAGCGAAACACCUUCAAUCCUGAAGCCGAGACUUGUUGGUGGUGGUGAAGAAGAAAUGCUGCCUAGAUAUGGUAGGGCACCGGAAUAUACGUCGAAUGAGGUGAAAGAAUCCGCUGACACAUGUCAAAAGCAUGCCUACAACUUCGACCAGAUCCUUGAUAGUUUCAAUUCGAAGACAGCUUCAGAAACAACAACGGCUCCGGAAUUCCCUGAACCCGUUGUGUCACAUGAUUUGAACGCAAAUAGAGCGUUUAGCAUUGACGAGGUCAAUGCUGCCGUCGCCAUUUUUACCCUACUGUCUACUGAAGACCAAGUCAUACUGCGUGAUGCCUUGAAAAGGAUGCCAUACCUCUUGACAUCUAUAGGACGGAAAAAGGAACCCAAACAGGCACUCAUGUUUCAGAUAGAGGUCUACGAGAACCCCGCAUCCACAAGCUGGGGAUCUAUUGAAAGCUUCGACACUUUGCAAAAUUGGUUAGAAUUGCUUGAGAGGUUUGACAACUGUGCGGAGCUGUAUCCAAGCAAGGGACCAGGAGUAGCCUGGGACUGA